AUGUCCCAUGGGUAUAACGUGGGAUAUGAAGUGUGCUGCCUGGUUUUGCCAUUCAUGCAAGACUCAGUGACCUUUGAGGAUGUGACUGUGAACUUCACCCAGGAAGAGUGGACCUUACUGGAUCCUUCUCAGAAGAACCUAUACAUUAAUGUGAUGCUGGAAACCUGCAGCAACCUUGCUUCUGUGGGAAUCAAAUCAGAAUACCAGACCAUUGAAGACCGGUAUAAACAGCCUGGGAAAAAUAUAAGGAACAUCCUAACCUGCUCCGCACACACUCGAUAUGAGCUUGAGGACUGUGGGAAGAAGCAAUCUCACUCCAGUCCUCUCACAACUGUUCACAUAUACAUGGGAACCCACACUGGGAGCAGAACUUAUGGAUACAAUGUGUAUUCAAAACCCUUUGGUGUUCCAAGCUCAUGUGGCACUCGUAAGCAAAUUCAGAGUGGAGAGCAGCCCCAUGAAUACAGUAUAAAUGAAACAGCCUUUAUUUGUCCCAACUCAUUUUGUAUACAUGGAGCAGCUCACAGCCAAGAGCACCCUUCUGAAUGUAAUCCAUGUGGCGCAACUCUGAGUUCUUCCAAUUACCUGCCGUUUUUCAGUGGAACUCGUAAUGGAGGAAAGCAUUUUGACCGUACACAGUGUGUUAAAGCUUUCAGAUGUCACAGUUCCCUUCAAAGGCAUGAAAGAAUUUGUCCUGGGGAAAAACCAUAUGAAUGUAAACAGUGUGGUAAGUCAUUUGUUUAUCCCUAUUUACUUAAAAUGCAUGAAAGGUACCAUACUGGAGAGAAGCCUUAUAAAUGUAAGAUAUGUGGUAAGGCAUUUCUUUGUUCCUCUUUCCUGCAAAGACAUAAAAGAACUCAUACGGGAGAAAAACCCUAUAAAUGUAAGCAGUGUGCUAAGCCCUUUAGGCGUCUCAAUAAUCUUCAAGUGCAUGAAAGAACUCAUACUGGAGAGAAACCCUAUGAAUGUAAACAAUGUGGUAAAGCUCUGAGAAGCCACAGUUCCCUUCAAAGGCAUAAAAUAGUCCAUGCUGGGAAGAAACCCUAUGAAUGUAAGCAGUGUGGUAAGUCCUUCAUUUAUCCCUAUUUACUCCAAACCCACGAAAGAUCCCAUACUGGAGAGAAGCCUUACAAAUGUAGCAUGUGCAGUAAAGCCUUUCGUUGUUCCUCUUUCCUGCAAAGACAUGAAAGAACUCACACUGGGGGAAAACCCUACGAGUGUAAGCUGUGUGGUAAGGCUUUCAAAGGGCAUAGUUCCCUUCGAUUGCAUGCAAGGUCUCACAGCGGGGAGAAACCAUAUAAAUGUAAUGCGUGUAGUAAAGCCUUCCUGUGCCCCUCUUUUCUCCGAAGACAUGAAAGAACUCACACUAGGGAAAAGCCCUAUGAGUGCAAAAAGUGCAACAAAACCUUCCGAGGUCAGAGUUCUCUUCGGUUACAUGAACGAUCCCAUACCGGAGAGAAACCCUAUAAAUGUCAGAUCUGUAGUAAAGCCUUUCUGUGUACUUCUUUCCUCCAAAGACAUGAAAGGAUUCACUGUGAAGAAAAACCCAAUGGGUUUUCUCACGCUGGGGAAAAGCCUUAUGAAUGUAAACAGUGUGGUAAGUCCUUCAUUUACCCAUGUUUACUUCAAGUUCAUGUCAGAACCCACACUGGGGAGAAACCCUAUGAGUGCAAACAGUGUGACAAGGCUUUCAGAAGUCUCAGUUACCUUCGUAUACAUGAAGGAAGUCACACGGAAGAAAAGCCCUAUGAGUGUAAAGAGUGUGGUAAAAGCCUCAGUUGCUCUAGCGCCCUGCAGUUACAUAAACGGACACACACGGGAGAGAAGCCCUAUGCGUGUCAGCAGUGUGGGAAAGCCUUCAGGGGAUUCAGUUAUCUUCGAGUCCACGAAAGGACUCACACUGAAGACAGACCCUAUGAGUGCAAGCAGUGUGGGAAAAUUCUCAGUUGCUCCAGCUCCCUUCAGCUGCAUGAAAGAACCCACACUGGGGAGAAGCCCUAUGCGUGUCAGCAGUGCGGGAAAGCCUUCAGAGGUCUCAGCCGUCUCCGAGUCCACGAAAUAAUUCAUACCGGAGAAAAACCCCACGAAUGUAAACUCUGCGGUAAAGCUUUCAGGUAUCAUAGUUUACUUCGAGUCCAUGAAAGGACCCACACUGGUGAAAAGCCGUAUGCUUGUAAACAAUGCAGUAAAGCCUUCAAAAGCCUCAGUAACCUUCGGAUACAUGAAAAAACUCACAGUGGAUUCUAUGAAGAGAAGCGUUAUGACUGUACGCAGUGUGGUAAAACCUUCAGAUGUCACAGUCUUCUCCAGGCGCAUGAAAGAACCCAUACUGGGGAAAAACCCUAUGAAUGUGCGAAGUGUGGCAAAACCUUCAAAAGUGCGGGUUACCUUCGGAUACAUGAAAAAACUCACAGUGGCUUCUAUGAGUGCAAACAGUGUGGCAAGAUUCUCAGUUGUUCAAGUUCUCUUCAGUUACAUGAAAGAACCCAUACUGGAGAAAAGCCCUACGGAUGUAAGCAAUGUGGUAAGGCCUUCAGAAGUCAGAGUUCCCUCAGAAGACAUGAAAGGAUUCACGCUGGAGAGAAACCCUAUGAAUGUAAACAGUGUGGUAAGUCCUUCAUUUAUCCAUGCUACCUUCAGAUGCACGAGAGAUCUCACACUGGAGAGAAACUCUAUAAAUGUAAUAUAUGUAGUAAAACCUUUCUUUAUCCCUGUUUCCUUCAAAUGCACGAAAGGACUCAUACUGGCGAAAAACCUUAUAAAUGUAAGCAGUGUGAUAAAGCCUUCCGGAGUCACAGUUCCCUUCAAAUGCAUGAAAAAACGCAUACAGGAGAAAAACCCUAUGAAUGUAAGCAGUGUGGUAAAGUUUUGAUAAGUCAUAGUUCUCUUCAGAGGCAUAAAAUAGCGCAUGCUGGGGGGAAACGUUAUGAAUGUAAACAAUGUAAUAAGUCCUUCACUUACCCAUAUUUACUUCAAAUUCAUGAAAGAUCUCACACUGGAGAGAAACCCUACGAGUGCAAAGACUGUAGUAAAGCCUUUACGUGUUACCGUUCCCUUCAGAGACAUGGAAAAACUCACACCUGA